UUUGGAUGCAGCACGUACUUUCAGGUAGUAUAAACUUACUGGUAUCGCUUGUCUUUUGUCUGUGUUUGUAAAGACUUUACUGAUUAAUUUAAUUCCAACAGGACAGGAAUGUUCAGASUGGGAUCAUAUUUCUGCCCACCAUGGCUCCUUUUCUCUGCAGCGCUCCUGAGCACAGAGGCGAGACAAGCCGAAGGGUUAACGGUGACAUCAUCAGGAUGGAGGAGCAUCCAGAAGGCUGCAGGAGAGGAGGUGAUUCUGGGCUGCAGGUACUCCCAGAGUCCAUCCGACACAGGAGACCUGGACAUUGAGUGGUCUGUGGUCAGUCCAGACUCUACCAAAAAGGACAGAAUGCUCUUAUCGUAUGCGAGCGGCACUCAGCACCACCACGGUGACCAGGCCUCUAACGGGGGGCUCAGCUUUGCUGCAGGUGACCCCUCCAAAGGCGACGCCUCCCUCUGCAUCGCACGGCCKUCACCUGCCCACAGCGCCACCUACCGGUGCAAGGUGAAGAAGUCACCUGGGGUGGACUCGCUCAAGGUGUCACUGGUGGUAAUGGGUAAGACUGGGACGUGGACCACGUCCUGGGGAUURAACCUGUCGCUUUUAGCACCAGACUUUGUUGUUCUUUUGCUGGUUUCCUCAGUCAGUGUGAGCGGAGAGCUGAGGAUCAGGAACCACUCUCAAAGCUCCGCCGGCGUCUACCUGUGUGAGGUGAACAACGCCGUCGGAGCAGAACGCUGCAGGAUCAACCUGAGAGCCAACAAGGCUCUGAACAGCGCUGGAGUGAUGGUGGGGAAUGUUGUGGGGUCCACGCUCCUCAUCUUCAUCUUCCUCAUCUUCAUCGUUGUUUUUCACUGGAAGGUGAGGAGCAGACGUCGCUACGAGAAGGAGUUCUGCAACGAGAUCAGAGAGGACGCUCCUCCUCCUGACAGCCGCCCGGUGAGUCGGCGCCAAACACCCGUCAAACACGCGGCGUAUGAAAGCGGCGACGCGGCGCGACGUGGAGGGUUUCCUGUCCAUCUGUCGGCUUCACGUGUGGACGAGGAGGAAAGCAGCAGGCGUCUGCAGGAAGACUGAACACAGGCUUUAAACCAGAGAGCUUUAUUUCAUGACACACCUCAUUUGGAAAUACUCAACCAUUUAAAGAAAAUCAAAAAAAAAAAAAAAUACACCAACAGGUACUUGUUUUUUCCCAGGAUGAACUGACAGGAGUCGACAUCAAUAAUCACAUGCAAUGUGUUUUUGUCCACGACAUCAAAUGUCCUCGGACCCCUUCACUCAGUGGGAGGAGUUGGCAUUUUCCAGGGCGAGGGGCCUUUUACACUGCAGACAGUCACAUGUUCAAAAACAAAGCCCUCCUGCUGGGUGACUCAGGAGCUGAUGUGCUUAGUGUUUCCUCUUUAAAGCUCAGAAAGURUGAGCUGACAAGUUCAGCAGAAAUCUCUGCGUCUAUAGAAAUAAAAACAAAACUAAUUGAUUGUUUUAUUGUUUUUUUUUACUAUCAACAGAAAAACCUUACAGCAGCUUUUACACCCGCUCACUGCGGUGGAAAAUUGAGGGACGUUAGCGGCGUGAUGACGGCGCCGGGGAGUAAAAAAAAUAAAAAAUAAAA